AUGGUGGUGCAGCAGGUGGCACAAGGUCGGUGGCAGGUGACUGGGCAGGGCCGCAGAGGCACACCACAAGGCUCUUCAUCCAGGCCGUGGCGGCCCUGGCGUAAGGGCCUCCAGCAGCUCUAUGAGGGUCGGGCGUCGAGGGCGGCGCCGGACUCCGUGGGGCUCUGCAUCACCAACAGUGCAUGUGAGAAGGCUGGGCAGUGGCGAAAGGCCAUGUUCGCACUUCGAGACGCUGGAGAUUCUCAGGUCUCCCCCGACGAGUUUUCCUGGAGCCCCGUUUUGCGGGGCUGUAGCAGUUGGCCGCAGGCUUGCGCUUUACUGAUGGCGUUGCCCCAAGAGCGCCUGAACUUUGGCGGGGUUUGCGCCAGUUCGGCCAUCUCCACCCAAUUUUUUCCCUGGCACUUGGCCCAGUCUUUGCUGAGGAGCAUGACCGAGGCCUCACAGCAGCUGAACCUCGUGGCCUUCAACGCCUUGGCCACGGCGGCCGCGGCGGACCGCCGCGCGGCGCUCGGCGGCGCUCGCAGCGAGCUGCUUCGCCCGGUGGAUUGGAGCGCUGCGCUGGGGCACCUCGAGCGCUGGCGUGGGCGCUCGUUGGGGUCGGACGAAGUGAGCGUUCUGGCGAUCUACAAGGCUGGACCGCUCUGGGACCUUGGUCUUCACCCUCACGGCGUAUUUGGGCAGCUCUCCUCCAUGGCCACUGGCAGUGCAUCUUCAGACACGACUGUCCUUUGCAGGGCCAUGGACCCUGCGGAUGCCCUCCGUGCAUCAAACGGCUUGAGUGCCUGUGCAGUAGCGCGGCAGUGGAGAUGGAGUCUGCAUGUCUUGCAGCAGCUGGAGAGGCGGACCUCCAGCGAUGCGGUCUGUGUGCAUGGUGCGGCCAAGGGUUGCACUUCGAACUGGGCUCUCUCACUGCAAGUGCUGCAUCGCAGCUGGGAGCGGAGGAUCAGGCGAGAUGUGGUGGGAUAUGGCACCCUGAUCAGUGCCGUGGAGUCGUGGCCGAUGGCGCUGCGAUGCCUGGAAGAGAUGUCCCUGCACGAGGUCUCCGCUUCCCGCGUGGCGCGCAACGCCGCGCUCGCGGCCGCGGCCCCGGCGCCGGGCGCGUCGGUCGCGGAGGCGAACGCGGAGGCGACGGAGGCGACGGAGGCGACGUGGCGCCGGGCAGUGCAGCUCUUCGGAGCGGAGCAGCAACCAGGGGAGAUCACUUUCCGAGCGCUGCUGGGAUCUUUGGAAGAAAGUGGCCAAGAUGCCCGGGCACUGGACCUGCUAUGGGCCGCCGACGCUGCAGGAGUGGUGACCUCCGGCUCCUUCUACCUCUGGGCCUUGGGCCGCUUGGGCGUCGCCGAUCCCAGGUGUCUCCAGGAUGCGUUGCGUUUUGCCGUCCAGCGUUUGCAGACCGUCACCUCCCCGCAGGAACUCGCCACUCUGCUGUGGUCAGCAUCUUCACUGGGCAUCAGCUGUCCACGCUUGACAGCAUGGGUCACUGCAGAGUCGAAGCGGCAGCUGAGGUCCAGUUCUGCCUUCACCACGCCCAGUUCUGCCUUCACAUUGACAGACCUGCUCUUCCUCGCCCUGGGCUGUGGCGACCUCCUCAGCACCGCCUUGUACGCGCGCGACGCGUCGUGCCACGCGUUGCAGCUGGGUGACGCACUCGUGCAGGAGCAACUGCGGCGCUUCCAGCGUUGGCAGGACAUCCCCACUGCAGCGCUGCCGACCAGCUCUGGCGCAAUUGCGCAGAUGGCAGAGGAGAUGCUCGGAGUGGUCUGGGCGUUGAACUUCGCUCGCCUGGGAGCCUCCUUGGGCUCUCCUGCACGGGCGGCCAUGCGCAGGUUGUCCCAAAUCUUGGAUGGGCCGAAGGUGAAGCGCCUGGCGCAGCAAACCAUGGUGCCGGCGGAGCCCCUGUCAUCGGAUGCCUUCCAGGAGAGCAUCACGCUGCGCUUGGUCGACGACAAGCCUGUGUUUCAGAUGCUGGAGGAUCGUCUCUUGAUCCUGAAGCCCUGCGGCUGGGAGACCACUGGACAUGCUGACGCCCCACAGCUGCCCGACUUCCUGCAGGCCUCCGGCCUCGAUCGCCCCGUGCUGCGCGAUCGGCCGCACCAGUGCGGCUUUGUGCACCGCUUGGACGUGCCUUCGAGUGGAUUGCUGCUUUGUGGGCUCACUUACGAGGCCUACUAUGACCUGAAGCUGCAGCUGACUUUGGGCCAGUUGCAGCGCGAGUAUUUGGUGCUCUGCCAUGGCCUGGCGCCAGCUCGAGAUGCGAUCCGCGCACGGGUGACAUGGAAGGAGGCGGAUCGUGGCCCGAGCCGCGUGGGCCGCGGAAAGCCCAGCGUGACCUAUGUGCAACGUCUGGCCGCCGGAGUGCUCCAUCGGGCGCAGGCGUGUGCGCUUUUGGGCCUAACCUUGGGCUCGGGGCGGAGGCAUCAGAUCCGUGCGCAGCUGGCGCACGUGGGGCAUCCAGUGCUGUGUGACGGGAAGUACUGCGCUGAAGAGACCUUCCGCUUGGACAGUCCCCUUUGCCCACAGCACUGUCUCCACCGCGCCGGACUCGGCGUUGGCGCGCGCCUUGGCCGCCCAAAGCAGGUCUUCCGUGCGCCCCUGCCGCCGGUCUUCGCACGACUGCUACAGGCCAUCGAGGGCAAGACGCGUGAAGAUCAAGAGGUCCUACAGAGGUCGAGUGAAGACACGUGAAGACCACCGGUCUUUUCCCAACCUCCCCUGAGCUCUGCAGCGGUCUUUCGGUAGAUUAUGAGAACGUGAGUAAUUAUGUUCCGUAUGUUCCUUGGGG